GAGAUUCCAUUCAGAAAAAUUGUGCCGUACUGUUUAGGGUUUAACAGAGCCACCGGAAUUGAAAUAAAUAAAUGAAGAAACUUGGAAUGUUGCACCUGUUAGUUAAUAACUGAACCAAAAACAUUGAACCAGAGUUUUGUAACAAUCCGUCCAUUACUACCACAAAGAAAGAUGCCAAGCGGUGACAGUAGGAAAGAUUUUAUUUUAACAUCUAUAGGGGAUUUUUUCUCCCUGUCGAUGGAUGAAAACACAUUGAAUCAACUUUUUAAUGCUAAAGAGUUGAAUAAUUUUUUAGAUGAACAAGAUUGUCAUAUUUUAAGUACACAAGUAGAGGGACAGAAGGAUGAAAAAGAAAUAUAUUUCAUGAAUAAGGUUGAACCUAAAGGAACAGAUGAUCGAAUUUUAAUCUUCUUCAAAAUCCGACCAGAUGUGAUCACACCAGACAAUUUACAUUCCAAUAUUUUCAUCACUUCAAUGAUAGACUCUCCCAUAACAGCUCUUUAUCACUCAGUCCAGAAGAUAUUUGCUCCUGUACUUUUAAAAAAUGAACGCUGGAGUCCGAGUUUUAAUCCUAAACUUCAGAGUCUGCUUGGUGAACUUGAAGCAGGUCUUGGCAGUAUGGUGAGAAAGAGUGACAAAGCUGAUCUUGAAGUUGGUGAAAGAGAAGAAAAUAACUUAGCAGGUAUUCUGUCACCAAAUGAUGAGUUCACUUUCUGGAAUGACCGGGCACGACUAGCUCCUGGUCGGGCAGAAAAAGAAAGGUCUGCACAUUUCCACAGCUUGUUUGAACCUUUACAAAAAAGUUUUGAAACUCUGGAAACGGUUCCUUUGGUGGAAUGUUUAGACAUCUUAGAGUUGGCCUUCAGUGUUUUGGAUGAUGUUUGGAAACAAGAAGAAUACACCCCAGCUUUCCAACAGAGUAGAAUGAGUCAUUUAAUGGAUAUUAUUGGUAAGUAAAGCACUAUUUAUUAUUCACAGUCAG